AUGCAGGCCCAGCUGUCGGAGUAUCCUACUUCGGCACCGUUUGAGAUCGGCGAAGUACAUGUCUCUAGGAUUUGCAUCUACCCCAUCAAGAGCUGCAGAGGUACGUCAGUAACGGAAGUCCGCUACACCCCUGAAUGUCUAGAGGAUCUGACUGCAAGGCAGGUACCAAAGAUGGUGCUGAUCACGCCUCGCAUCGUACCCGACCCCGCGUCUGCUUCUGGCGGGAUCCUCGAAGUCUCAUUCCCGGAAGAGUCUGGAUGCGAAACCUUCGCUGUCCCUCUGAACCCUACACAAGACAUCUUGAACACAUGGGAAACCAUCGACGACGGCUCCGUAAACGGCGAUGCCCGCGUCGACGGCUACAUCUGCCAAUCCGUCUCUUCAGACCCGUCCCCCUCCUCUAUCCUCUCUGAGUACUUUGAGCGCCCCGUGCACCUCAUGAUGAAAGGCCCCGCGCCACGCGCCUGCCCAACGACGUCCGCCGAGGAGAGCAUCGCAGAGUUCGAGCGCGUCGUGCGCAAGCUGGCGACGGACAGUGGGACUGCUAUCGGCGGGUUGAACCGCGAGCGCUGGACGAAGGGGUCUGUCCUCAUUGAUCGGUUCAGAGCGAACGUGAUCGUCAAGGGUGCUGGCGUCCCGUUUGCGGAGGACUUCUGGCGCGAAGUUGUCAUCAAUCCGCCUCCAAAUGAGUCCGACAGGGGACGCCAAUCUACCGCGGUUACCUUCGUACAGAAAUGUACCCGGUGCCUCCUGCCCAAUGUCGACCCAAACGUGGGCGACCGCGAUGCAGCGGUACCCUUCAAGAUCCUCAUGAAGUUCCGGACUGGGAUGUAUCACGAAGGGAAGAACAAGCCGUGCUUCGGAACAUACGGCGUGUUCAACGAUAGUGGUGUAAUCAAGAUGGGCGACACCAUCUCGGUCACGGAGUGGACAGAUGCAGAUGGGGUCUGA